GCCUGUUACUCUGAAGCCGCUUCAUUGAACUUGUCCUUGGUUGUUUCAAAUGAUGACUGAAACCGUUGCCACUCCACCACUACUCAGAAGGGAGCAUGUUUCUUUCUUCUGCCCAAUCCUCAAAGCUUUAAACUCAGGCUUAUUAUUUUCCAGUAUAGAACAGAUAAUCUUCGCUGCAUAUGCAGUAGUUACCUUGUGCAGUCCUUCCAGUCUCCACCCCACCCCAACCCAUAGAUAAGAAAGAAUUGUACACUUCUUUAGCCUAUUAUGUACUGUGACAAUUAUAUUCCUAUGAAUGCUAGUGGUGCUGCACAUGGACUAGCUCAGUUGGCUUUUAAUUGCGAUUUAUAGUAGAAAAAGGUUGGUCCGGUAGGAAGUUGGAGUAGUCACUGCUGUCAAUGUUCAAAUGCUUUUAGUGACCUUGAAUGCAGAGUGCAUGACUGCAAUCAUGUUUAGGCAUAUCUUGACUUCAUUUCAGGAAGUCUGUGCACCUUCCAUAUAAGCAUUUUGAGAAUUCAUAUUUGAUGCUGUUAGCAUCAGAUUCCAAGUUACUAUGCAACCUACAUCAACUAUAUAAUCUACUUAAUGGAGAAUGAUUUCUCUCUUUUUGCAACUUUAUUCACAUCCACUUAUUCUAAAAGUCCAAAACUUAAUGUAUAAGCUGUGCUUCUGAACUUCUAGAAGGAUUCCCUAUGUGGGAAAUUUUCUGUCAACAUGAGUUGCAUUGUGUAAGCACUUCCAUAAAGAUUACAACUGUCGUAUUGGACCAUACCUUGAGAAAUCUGCACUAAAAGAUCAAACAAGUCAUAUGCUAAUUUCAAAAUAUAUUCCAAAAUUUGACGACCAAGGGAAUGAGAUCACAUCCUUUAGCAGAAGGUUCCUUUCUAACCAAUUUCAUGUUACUGUGUUAACCAGCAGCGAUAAGAAGAUUCCAAGUAAUUGAUAAUAUUAAGAGGCUGGUAGUUUCUCCUUAGAAUUUGUUCCUGAAUGGAGCAGGAAGCUAUCUGCAAGAGUGGUAAUAGGUUUUUAUCAUAUGAGAGGCUGGUGGCCAUAGGCUUGGCCCUUGUUGCUGUGCUCUCACCUCUCUAUAUUGACAGGACACCAGAAGUCGAGCUGGAAUGCGAUGAGCAACCCUUCAAUCUUUCCUCUUAUCUGCCUCUAUUGCUAUUGGUUCUGAUCACGGCCAUCACCGUGUCACGUUUCAUGGAACGUGGCUUUUCCAGGUUUGAUCCUUACUGGAUACACAGAGCUGGUGGUUCUUCAUACGGGAUUAUCAUAAUUCUUGUGGUUCUUGGGUUGGUUUUGAAGUGUAAAGCUUCCGCCAAGAACUGAGAGGGUUAAGCAGAUGUCUUCAUAUGGAAUUAUCAUCAUAUUUCUUAUGGUUCUUGCAUUGGUUUUGAAAUUGUCAAGUUUCUGCGAAGCACUAGGAGGGUUAAGCAGAUGUGAGAGAUCUGUGACUUGCAAUUGAUGAUUGUAUUAACUAAAUAUCAAUACAUGGAGGUUUAGAGUUC